AUGGCGACAGAGCAUGCGAUUAUAAGUGAACCGAUGGAGCUCCCAUCGCUCCCGCCCAACCAGGGCCUUGAGGCGGUAAAAGAUAUCAUAUUUGGAUCGUCGGCAGGAAUGGCAGGCAAACUCUUCGAGUACCCCUUUGAUACCGUCAAGGUCCGAUUACAGUCACAACCCGAACACCUCCCUCUCCGAUAUGCAGGACCGGUGGAUUGUUUCCGUCAGUCUUUUCGAGCUGAUGGCUUCCGGGGACUCUAUAGAGGCAUCAGUGCACCGAUGACCGGAGCUGCAGUAGAGACCAGCUGUCUCUUCUUCAGUUAUCGUCUCAUUCAGGAUACCCUACGCGCAACGGUCUACCCGGGCGUUGAGCACCUACCAUUCUUCGCGCUCAUUGGUUGUGGAGCUCUAUCCGGCUCGGUGACAUCGCUGGUCCUCACACCUAUUGAACUGGUGAAAUGUAGGAUGCAGGUCCCCGCCGAGUCAGCAGCCAUCAAACCCGCUGGUCCCAUGGCCAUCAUUGCAAGCAUCUUCCGACAUGAAGGGCUGGCAGGAUUCUGGCGGGGCCAGAUGGGAACCUUGAUUCGUGAAACCGGCGGAAGUGCAGCGUGGUUUGGCGGAUACGAGGGAGUGUCAUCGCUCUUCCGCAAGUAUAACAAGUCGAACCCGCAAGUAACUUCCGACUCACUCCCCAUCCACCAACAAAUGAUCGCAGGAGCAACGGCGGGAAUCAGCUACAACUUUCUGUUUUACCCGGCCGAUACAAUCAAGUCCCGCAUGCAGACCGUAGAUGUCUCGCGACUGCCGCUCCAUGCUCAGCAACAGACCUUCUGGGGUGUGACCAAAGCUCUAUGGAGGCAGCAAGGGCUUAAGGGCAUGUACCGCGGGUGCGGGAUCACCUGCGCGCGCUCAGCGCCCAGCUCGGCCUUCAUUUUCACUUGCGAUGCGAUAAAGCAUAUCCAUGCAGCGCAUGUUGAGCUACUCGCUCGUUUGAAGCAGCUUGAAGAAGAGGUUGAGCAACUUCGCUCAACGCGCCCCGAUACCGACUAUACAUCCGAGUUGGAUAAUCGUCGGGAUACGGAGACUGUCAAAAAGACAGAAUUGCUGGUCCUCAAAGAAGGAAAGAGUCGAUACGUCGGUGAUGAGGCUUCUGCUGUGCUGGGACAAAAAAUAUCUGAACUCCGUGAUAUCAUUGAAAGCUCUUCGGAUGAAGAGUCAUAUUCGCCGGAUGCGGAGUAUAGUCCCAGUAUCCUACCAGGGGGUGGACUUCUUGGAAACCAUGAGUCCGCCUGGUCUCUCGAUUCUUUUCGCCUCCAUUAUUACCAACCAGGAAGGAUUAAGGCAUUAUGGAGAAUAUACCAAGAAAAUGUGGCACUGUUAAUUGUCAUACUUCAUCGAGCCACCAUGGCGAGGAUUGUUCAAGAUGCCUCUGCUGGCAUCGAGUUAACCCCUUCAGAUGAGGUGUUACUCUUCUCUGUGUGUUAUGCCGCUGUGGCCAGCAUGAAAGCGCACAACUGCCCUUGGAUACUUGACAGCGACCAUGAUACAGCCAUCCAACACUGUAAACAAGCAGUGAGCCACGGACUUCGCCGGGCAAGUUUCAUCAAAUCUCAGAGCCUGCCUGCUCUUCAGGCCGCCGUUCUGUUCUUACUGUGUCAUCGAGUCGGUGGUGAUACGCGCCUUGUAUGGGCUGAAUCUGCCAUUGUGAUACGGGUUGCCCAAGCACACGGCGUUCAUCGCGAUGGGCAGAAUUUUGCAUUACCACCCUUCGAAACUGAGAUGCGCCGUCGAUUGUGGUGGCAUAUCUGCUUGCUUGACAUGUUGUCUUCGGGAGAUCAAGGGGUCGAUACUCAGAUCAGACCCGAAAUGUUCGACACACGGUUUCCGAGUAAUGUUGACGAUGAUGAUAUUGGCUUACAUUUAACUGAUCAGCCAUCACCGAAGACCGGCUUCACAACCACCACCAUCUGCAUCAUGAAUUGCCAGGUCAUGAGGGACAUUUUCUGGCCUUGUCAGGGUGGAUACUCUGAUAUGUCUACGCAGGAUCGCGAGGAUCUUGUCACAGCUCUAGGAAAGAGCAUCCACGCACAAUACAUCGAUCAUUUCGACCUGAAUAUCCCAAUCCAUUGGACGAUUGCAACUAUCGUACGACUCCAACUCUCCAAGGCAUGGCUGGCGACGCAUUUCCAGUCUAGAGACUUGGAUGUGAAGGUCUUCCGCCAUGACGAUCGUGUCUUUGAGGUUGCUGUCGAGCUUGUGCAGUUCUCCCACCUUUUACAAACCAAUGAAGGCACAUCACAGUGGAGCUGGCUAUGUAAAAGCUAUAAGGAAUGGCAUGUGGUCGCUUUUAUACUUUCCGAGCUGUGUUUGCGUCCACUUAGCCCCGAGACUGACCAUGCUUGGGAUGUUGUGACCAAGAUGUAUGGGCUCUGGCAGCAGGAUAUGCACACCGAUGCUCUGCUUCAGAGGCCCUUGGAUCGGCUCAUGGCACGCACCGCCUCAUUGCGAGCUGCUAGACAAGGGCAGAAUAUCCAGACACCAUUCAGUGGAGAGGCCUUGACUGAUGCGUCUUUUGGCAUGAAUGACGGAGAUUCUAAUUGGCUUGAAGUACCGGAACUGUUUUCUGGCUUGGACUGGCUGAGUGGGUCACUCUUUUAG